GGCGGCGCAAGAUGGCGCUGGGCUGCCGGCACGGGCGGCGCUGGGGCGGGCGCGCUGCGCUGCCGCGGCCCGGGCUCGGGCUCGGGCUCGGGCUCGGGCUCGGGCGGCCGCCUCCCGCCGCGCGGGCCGCAGAGGGGGUGGAGGCCGGUUCCCCGGCGCGGCCCUACGCGGCAGCUGCCGGCGGCGAUGCGGGGGCGGGCGGGGAGGAGCUGCUGGAGCUGUGCUGGCGGCGGCACUUCCUGCGCGGCGCUGCGGGGCCGCGGCCCGCGCUGCCCUGGCGCGCGUACCUGAGCGGCUGCCAGCCGGGCCUCGGGCCGCUGGGCGUGGCGCUGCGCGGCAACCUGGCGGCCCAGUGGUGGGACUCGGUGCUGGCCUUCCGGGAGCAGGUGUUCCAGGUGGAGGCCCCGCUCCACAGCCCGCCCGGCGCCGGGCCCGGCCUGCGGCUGCUGAGCCCGGAGGCGCUGCUGGAAGGGCUGCAGGGCAGGGCGCCGCUGCCAGACGUGCUGGGCAGCGCGGGGGUGCUUCGCGAGAGCCUGCUGCCCGGUGUUUUGGCACAGUAUGUUGGCUGCUUAGAACUGGUGAACAAAAGGCUGCCUUGUGGCCUUGCACAGAUUGGAGUGUGUUUUCACUCCAUUCCAGAAAAUGAACCACACAACAAAAACUUUACAAGAAUAGGCGAAAGGACCACGUCUUUGCUUGCAUGGUUUAGCUCUCCCAGAACUGCAGGACAGUGGCUCGAUUACUGGCUACGCCAGAGACUCCAAUGGUGGAGAAAGUUUGCAGUGGGCCCAUCUAACUUCAGCAGCAGUGACUUUCAGGAUGAAGAAGGAAGAAGAGGAUUUCAUUUAUAUUACAGCUUCCCUUGGGGAACAGAAACAAUAGAAACUUUGAAAAACCUUGGUGAUACUGAACUGUUACAGAUGUAUCCAGGGGAGAGAUCAAAAUUGCUUGGCCGAGAUGGAAGGAAGAAUGUUGUUCCUCAUGUCCUGUCUGUGAGUGGAAAUCUGGACCGAGGAGUGCUAGCAUACCUCUUUGAUUCUCUACAGCUAGCUGAGCAUCCACUGACAAAAAAGAAAAAUGCACAGAGAAAGGUACUUAAGCUCCAUCCUUGUUUAGCACCCGUUAAAGUAGCCUUGGAUGUAGGAAAAGGUCCAACAACAGAGCUGAGACAGGUCUGUCAAGGAUUGUUCAAUGAACUGUCAGAAAAUAGAAUUUCUGUAUGGCCCGGUUAUCUUGAAACCAUGCAGGUAUCACUGGACCAGCUUUAUACAAAGUAUGAUGAGAUGAGUGUUCUCUUCAUGGUCUUGAUAACUGAUGCCACUCUAGAGAAUGGAGUGGUCCAGCUGAGAAGCAGAGACACCACCAUGAAGGAAAUGAUGCACAUUUCCAGGCUAAAGGACUUUUUAGUGAAGUAUGUAACAUCAGCCAAAAAUAUGUAAACUUAGAUUUGUUGAAUAAAAUUAUUUUCUUAAUAAUUUCUGCCUGAA